AUGUCAACGGUUGACCAGUUUUCUGCUCAAAUUGGAGGAGCCUCAAUGAUAAUUGCCUCCAUAAUCGGACUAUUCUUCAAUUUAUCCGCAUUUCGAAAAUAUUUAUCACUUGAAAAAACCAGCUUCCAUGUGAUGUGCAUUUCGAAAACUGUUUCAAAUUCUCUACAUAUUUUGGUUUAUUUAUUGUACAAUGGCCCAUCAGCAUUGUUAUAUGCCCAACUGGGACCCGAAUUGCUGAAUAGGUAUCUUAACCAGGCAAUUGCUUAUGGUCUAUAUUGUCAAGGACCCUUAACCCAGGCGCUUAUUACUAUCAAUCGCUUCCUGAUUGUCUACUUCGCCCCAAUUGUCAUCCCCUGGUAUAGUAAAUGGAUCACUUUUGGCUCACUUUCGGCUUGUUGGAUUAUUGCCGCAUACUUUUCUACAUUGAUAGGGUUUCCAGAAUCCUGCCUUAUCCGAUUCAGCCAUCAAAGCCUUACCUGGAUGCACGAUGAAUGCCCAUAUUUUAUACAUUACAUCUUGCAAAGUGAUUUUCUAUUCCUAGUACUUCCACUAGCAGUAUUUUCAAAUGUUAUGAAUGUUUUCAUAGCUAUCAAGCUUUUCCUAUCGUCGAAAACCCAAAACCUCUCCACCGAAUCAUGCCGUCACAGACAAAAAACCUUGAUUCGAUUAUUUAUCCAAAAUUGCUUUGAAGACUGGGUCUACGUACUAGACACAGUUAAUAGCUUAUUCUUUCGGAAUACUGCAAACCAUCCUUUCCUGAUCUUUAUAGUCACCCUUGGCUCUAAUUUGUUCACGCAGCUUGCUGAUGGAUUAGUCAUGUAUGUAUCAAAUUAUCAGAGAAAUGGAAAGCGGCGAGUCAAUUCUGCGAAAGUUCAAAACACGAAUCGAGUGGCUGGGAGCAAGCAGUACUUGUCUAAUUGAGUUUUUUCGUAUUCUUGAUAUUAAUGCACAUGUGUAUAUAAUUGUAUAAUAUUUGAGAAAAAUUCGCAAAACUUGGAAACUUUUCGACUAUGUAUAAUUAUAGGCUUUUUUGAACCAAA